GCCGGCUCAGCACGGAACCUGAGAAUACUUUCAAAAUCACCUUGCAACCCUCAACCAACCACCUCGCCAUGAAGACGUCUGCACUCCUCCUCGCCCUCUCUGCUUCGGUGUCUGCUGCCUCGAGCCCGUGCGCGAUCAUGUCGCUUGUUGGCACGUUGACUCCGCUCGCCGCCCAAAUCCCGGCCUGUAAAGACGCUUCCGGCUACGACCUCUUGCUCAUGGCGACGGGCACCGCCCCGACGCAGGAACAAGUGCAAAAGCUCAGCACCGCCAAGCCGUGCCAAGAACUCUUCACGGCGAUGCAAGCCAAAGUCUCUGCGCUCUCGCCGCCGUGCGCCCUUGGUGGGCUCGAGAGCUCCGAGUUCUCGACGGUGUCGGUCACAGACGCCGUCGCUGCUUUCUUGAAGGCCCUGGCCGGCAGUCCCUUGGUGCCGGGCAACUCGACGACUGGUGGCAACGGCACGUCCAAGAACUCGUCGGAUUCGAUCACGACGCCCGCCCCGUCCAAGGGAAGCAGCGCGACGACGACUGGUAUCGCGCUCACCGCUGCCGCAGUGACGAUGCUCGCAGCCAUGGCCUAACUCCAAGCGAAUAUUACUUGUUUUGAUAUUGAAUAUAAACCCGUCUAUAAUUUCCACGAAAAUCCAUCUCCA